UAAGCAACUCAUAGUGCCCCUCAUUACGUACUCUGAGACUGUAUACAGUAAACUCGACUCUAUCUCCUCCUACAAAAUCAGUGUUGCGUUCAAUAACGUUACUAGAUAUGCUUAUGGACUAAACAAAUCUGAUUAUAUCUCCCUGUGGAAGAAUAAAAUCCUGGGGUGCAGUAUCGAGAACUAUCUUGCUGCGAGGAACUGUAUAUUUUUAUAUAGAUUGCUUGCGUUGCAAUCUCCAAAUUAUUUGUAUGAAAAGUUGCGACUGACCAAGUCUAGUCGACAUCAUAGCCUUCUUAUCCCAAGAUACACCCUUUUAACAUCUUCUAGAAUGUUUUUCAUUAACGCUGCGAGGCUUUGGAACUCCCUGCCGGAAUCUACCAAGUCUGCACUAAAUUUAAGGAACUACAAAGCAGUAAUAUACAAUUACUACAAUGAUUUGUAAUGCUAUGGAAGUGGUUGCAAUAUCUUUUAAUUCUCUACUUCUUUUUAUUUUUUCUCCCACUAUCUUUUCUAACAAUCUCUACCCUGCCUAUGUAUACUAUUAGUGUCUAAUGUAAUUUAAGAUUAAUUUUGUUGUAUGUAUUUAUUAUUCUAAUUCUACUUAGCUUAGUUUUUUAAAUAUGUAUGUAUAUGUAAUAAUAUUUUGUUACUAUUUCGUCGGAUGCACUAUAAAAGACAUGGUCUUAGAUGUGUAAUACAUUGCCUAUUAAUAAAUAAAAUAAAAUUUCUAUUUUCAACAUAAAUGCCUCUCCUUGCACUAAACACUAUUCCUGAGUGGAGCCAGUGUAAACAAAUUUGAAAAUACUUUGCGACUAUACUUUCACCAAAUUAAAGAAUCUUCUUAUCUGAGUAUAAGAGGUAUCUGUGAAUAUUUCCAUUUCUAAAUCGCUGCCUUGUUUCUUGUACGGUCGCUGCCUUGUUUACCCAUCGUUUGGCUAUCCACAUCACUCAAAAACUGGACUCAGCAUCAGAGCCGUUGGCAAUUUCCUCAAAGCAUUGUCAAAUAUCCUGGUGAACUUCCAAUAGAAGCUUUCACUAGAGUUCGGCGUUUUUCAUAUAAUUAACGAUUAGUUUAUCCAUGCUAAUUGACUUGUAUUUUCAAAUUAGUUUAUCAUCAACCCAGUUUUUAACUUAGUUUAGCUUAGUUAGAUUUUCAUCACAUUUUUUAAUAAAAAUACAUCAACCACACGUUUUCUCUUAGCGGCUAUCAUUGUUUUUUACCUUUUGUCCUUGACGUUUCUCCUCUAUUUAACAAAAAAGUCGAUAAAUCAGGGUUGCAGACGGAAAAGUAAUCUUUUGCAUAGAGGAUUAUUUUAUAAGCUGGAUUUGAGGAGAAAAUUUUAGUAUUCUUAAUUACCUAUUGAAUAGUUUAGCUCGAAAAAGCAGAUAAUCUGAUCAUAAAUACAUAUGUAUGUCGCUAAUCAAAAAUAAAAACAUUAUACAACAAUAUUGUGAAAUUUAUAAAGGGCAGUAGUCUACCGGAUAUCCGAUCGGAUAUCCCAAUCCGGCGCAAAUUCUUUACAUGGUAUCCGGAAUCCGGUUAUCCGGCAAAAUCUGUAUCCGACACAUCCCUAAUUGUGAGACUAAACCCUCUUAACUCAUCGGUGACCGUCAAGGUGUUCGGACGUGUAUACGCUGUGUUUGCGAUAUUUGUGCUAAAUUCGGUUGUAUUUUGCUUUAAAAUGCCCUGUGUUUGCGGUCAGAAAGUUGACCGCGGGCUGCCUAAGAUACGGUGUGAUAAUUGCAAUGAAUAUUUCCACCUUUCGUGUGUUAAAUUAUCGCAAGAUGAUGUUGAUUUUUUGCAAAAAACCAAUCACUCAUUUUAUUGUGAAAUCUGUACAAAACGGCGCCGCAAUUCUUUUCGUUCGCUGUCUCCACCUCUUGUACCAACAAAAUCAGUAACGGAUUCAGUAAAUUCUCUUGCUGCUGCUGUUAAUCAACCAAAGCAACAGUCGCAGAAUGCGAACUCAACUAGUGUAUUACCAAGGUCAGAGAACGUAAAGCAUAAACAACAAUCGCAGAGUUUGAAUAUGAUGAGUGCAAUACAAAAACAAAACUUCGAUCACCCGAAAGCUACUGUAUUGGAGUCAAUGCUCAAGUCUGUGCUUGAUGAAGUCGUUGGUCUUAAAGCAGAGAAUUUGCGAAUGUUCUCUUUGCUGCAAACAUUGUACGAUGAUAAGAACAUCUUGUUAAAGAAAGUUGAUGAUCUCCAAGCUGAGCUGGGCACUUUGAUGAGUAUAAUACGCAAAAAAAACUGCACUCUUGCUGUGGACGCUGCUGAUAUUGAAAACAUCCCUCCGGCUGCUUCUGUUAUCUCUACUGUUGCUGGUACCAUUGCCGCUGACGCUGCUGCUGCCGUUGAUAACAUUCUCUCUACUGCUACUUCUACUAGCAAUGCUGCUCUGCCCACAACUAAUAUGCUCUAUUCAGAUGUCGUUGGUAAAAUUACUGCUGCUAAUACUAACGCUGAGACUGUGACUGUUAUGGCACCUGCACUCAACCGUUCUCAGCCUACAUUUUCUAUCGCAUCGAAGGCUCAGUUGCCUGCAGUUGGUGUUAGCGCAAAAAAUAUGAAUACUGUACAACAAAAUAAAUUACCCAAGCGUCGUAUUCUAGUUGUUGGAAAUAAUAAUAAUAAUGAUAAUGUCGAACUUGAUGUUGUUAUCAAAAAGAAGUGGGUGCAUGUAUCGGCUUUUAAGCCAACUGUGUCUGCUGAUAGUAUCAUUGCAUAUGUAUCAAAAAAUUCUGGCGUCGAUAGCAAACAUCUUGCGUGUUUCAAACUUAUAAAGAAAGGUUCAUCUCUCGAUAACAUUCGCAGUGUAAAUUUUAAAUUUGGAGUUUUGCCGUCAUCUUAUGAGAAGAUUAUGAAUCCUAAUGUUUGGCCUUCGGGAAUUAGUUUCGCCCAUUUCAAAUUUUUCAAAGGGAAGGAAGGAUCCACUGAACCGACCAAAUAGCUCUGCAGAAUAUAAAUUGCAAAUCUCGUAAUCUUAAAAUU